AUGAACUCAGACACGAGGAGUCCUGAGAUUAAAUCAGACACGAGGAGUCCUGAGAUGAACUCAGACACGAGGAGUCCUGAGAUGAACUCAGACAUGAGGAGUCCUGAGAUUAACUCAGACACGAGGAGUCCUGAGAUUAAAUCAGACACGAGGAGUCCUGAGAUUAAAUCAGACACGAGGAGUCCUGAGAUGAACUCAGACACGAGGAGUCCUGAGAUUAAAUCAGACACGAGGAGUCCUGAGAUUAACUCAGACACGAGGAGUCCUGAGAUUAAAUCAGACACGAGGAGUCCUGAGAUGAACUCAGACACGAGGAGUCCUGAGAUGAACUCAGACACAAGGAGUCCUGAGAUUAAAUCAGACACGAGGAGUCCUGAGAUUAACUCCGACACGAGGAGUCCUGAGAUUAAAUCAGACACGAGGAGUCCUGAGAUUAAAUCAGACACGAGGAGUCCUGAGAUUAACUCCGACACGAGGAGUCCUGAGAUUAAAUCAGACACGAGGAGUCCUGAGAUUAAAUCAGACACGAGGAGUCCUGAGAUUAACUCCGACACGAGGAGUCCUGAGAUUAAAUCAGACACGAGGAGUCCUGAGAUUAAAUCAGACACGAGGAGUCCUGAGAUUAAAUCAGACACGAGGAGUCCUGAGAUUAACUCCGACACGAGGAGUCCUGAGAUUAAAUCAGACACGAGGAGUCCUGAGAUUAAAUCAGACACGAGGAGUCCUGAGAUUAACUCCGACACGAGGAGUCCUGAGAUUAAAUCAGACACGAGGAGUCCUGAGAUUAACUCAGACACGAGGAGUCCUGAGAUUAAAUCAGACACGAGGAGUCCUGAGAUUAACUCAGACACGAGGAGUCCUGAGAUUAAAUCAGACACGAGGAGUCCUGAGAUUAAAUCAGACACGAGGAGUCCUGAGAUUAAAUCAGACACGAGGAGUCCUGAGAUUAAAUCAGACACGAGGAGUCCUGAGAUUAACUCAGACACGAGGAGUCCUGAGAUGAACUCAGACACGAGGAGUCCUGAGAUGAACUCCGACACGAGGAGUCCUGAGAUUAACUCAGACACGAGGAGUCCUGAGAUUAACUCCGACACGAGGAGUCCUGAGAUGAACUCAGACACGAGGAGUCCUGAGAUUAACUCAUAA